AAACCGCGCAAGAUCACAACGUAGACGAUAUUCCUAAAUUAUUUUAUUGUGUAAUAUUAAAUUCGAUUGUAACAUCACGAGUUUGAAUCUCUUAGUAAAAAGACUAUCAAGUUGUAAGUAAGUGUUGUGUGAAUGUAACAUUAAAAUAAGGGAUUAAGAAAUCAGCCGAAGGUUAAAUUUCAUCAUACGAUGGACGCCACAAUGGAGAACAAGAUGGGUCUUCCGCCACCUUACGAACAAACAAGACCGAAUCCUGCCCCACCGCCAUCGUACUUUGGUGACAAUCCUCCACCACCACCCGGCUUGGUGGUCCCUCCAACCGCUGGGCCGCGGACUACAGUGAUUACGACACCGGGCCCCGCACCAGGGUCCCGUCCAGCCAAGAUGGGCCCUGGGCCGACCGGCACGACUUGCCCCACUUGUAACAAAUCUAUCGUGACGACUGUUGAAUAUGUCCCAAACAACCGCACACACAUUAUAUCAGCCGCGCUGUGCGUUCUAGCCGGAUGCUGUUGCGGCUGCUUCGUGCCGUACUGCAUGAGAUCUUGUAAGACUGCCAACCACUAUUGUCCCCAAUGCAAAGCCUUAAUCGGUUCCUUCACACCAUCUUGAUCUUAUACUUACAACUUACCCAAACUCGAACUUUUAUAUAUAUUUUUUAAAUACUCUAGAAUAAAUUAUAGGUACUUUAACUGACUAGAAAAAUGAAACAUCUGUCAUGGUGGCGCUGUAAUCGCUUUGAGCAACUGAUUUAUAUUUCUAGUCAGAUUAAUAGGAUAUUAGAGGUUUAUGUGUUGCAAUAUAAAAUCUCAUGUGAUGUAUCUCAAAUUCUCAAUAGUUAAGUAAUCCAUUCAGCCAGUUGGUUUAUUUAACAUCUUAUUUUAUUGCCUACGCUAAAAAUCAUAAGUUACUUCUUAAUAAGGAAAUCAUUGCAAACGGUUAAAUUUUAAUUAGGCAUGCAUUACAAAUACUUGUAAACAGAAUGAUUCUGCUGAUUAAAAUAUUUGGCUAUGUAUUGUAUAUUUUAUGUAUUUUAAAUUUGGAACCAUAAAUAUAUGUGUCAAGUUCUAUAAAAUAGUUAUGUAUAGAUCUGUUCCUACAUAUUAUGAUAGUUAGACAAACAAAAUAUCCCAUUGCUGCAUUUCAGAAUAAAAAUGCUCGAAUGAUAUAACAAUAAUUAUAUAUUAUCUUUUGACCAAAUGCUUGUCGAAUUUAUAAUUUAUUUAAUGUUAAUGUAUAGAUAAUAUCUUAAUCCUAAGUAAGUACAUUAUUGUGAAAAACUAAAUUAAUAUUACUUAUAAAAAGUAUCGUCGAUAAAAUAAUUUUAUAUAAUAUUGUAUAUUUCAUUCUGUGAUAUACUUUUCAAGGGCUUUUCUACGAUUUCUACUUAUAUUUACUUAGUUAAAUAAAUAAAUAGUUGAACAUGUAUCUUUGUCUUUCUACAAUCCCUACCUAGUAAACAUUUUACCUCCGAACAACGCUUGGAAGUUUAAUUCUAUCUAGAAAAAAAAUCUCAAAGUACUUUUCAGACUUCGGUCUAGUGAAUGAUUUAUGUCGUAAACAAAGUUAUUUAAAUACUAAUAAGAAGUAUAACGUAUACAAAACGACACAUCAAGAUAAUUUAUGUAGAACCAAAUGUUCCAACUGCACAUCCAUAGAACAGAAUAUUCGAAACAAACCGGCUUGCACACCAGCUUUAUGUCGUCGUCGUAAAGUCCAUUUUCGCCGUAGUGGCGUCAGACCGUGCAAGCUUUAGAAAUGCAUGUAUCUCACAAUAUGGUCGCUCUACUGCUAUGCAUGCCCAAAUACCUGCGGCAGUUGGGGCAAUAAUGUUCUACGUUUUUCCAUCUUUUCACGACGUAGGGAAUGAUGCAGCAACACAACCACCUGUAAUCGAAGAACA